CCCGAAAAAGUACUUCACAUAUAACGACAUAACCCCGUAAUAUCAGCGGGUGACAAAAUUUACAAGAUUAAUCUAAAUCAAGAGGAGUAAAAUAUUCUUAAGCAAGUACGGUCUGUAGUGAAAAUCAAACCUUCCCCUUCCCUUUCCCCUGCCAACACGAUCGCCUGACAACCGAAAAAGUAAAAUAGACAAAAGUGCCAGUUUUUUGUUGGCUUUCAUGCAAUAAAAUAUCGUUGUACGAGCGAAAAAUAAAAGUGAUGUGCGUUUAAAAAAAUGGCUGAUCUGAAACAAGAUUAAAAAAGAUUGUACGUUUCGAGAGAAGGUUGAAAAAGUGUUAUCAUAAGGUACAUAUUACAAGCUCCUGUUUCAAAGAUGCCAGCUACGAAGGCUUUGAAUAUUGCUGUCAUAUGUUCGAGCAAUAUGAAUAGGAGCAUGGAGGCUCACGCUUUUUUGAGUAAAAAAGGUUUUAAUGUAAAAUCUUUCGGCACGGGAGACAAGGUCAAAUUGCCUGGAAGUGGACCUGACAGGCCCAAUGUAUAUGAUUUUGGAACGACUUACGACGAAAUUUACAAUGACCUUCUGACAAAGGACAAACAACUAUACACGCAAAUGGGCUUGCUUCACAUGUUGGACAGAAAUCGCAGAAUUAAACCAAGACCAGAACGCUUCCAGUGUUCCAAAGACAAAUUUGAUAUUCUUAUAACUUGCGAAGAAAGAGUUUACGAUCAGGUGAUUGAAUGCAUGGAAGGUAGAACGCCGGUAGAGAACCAACCUGUACACCUAAUAAAUAUCGACAUUCAGGAUAAUCAUGAGGAAGCAACCGUCGGAUCCUUUCUCAUUUGUGAAUUAGUAACGACUCUGGCCAAUAGCGAUGAUUUAGACAACGACAUAGACAGCUUGCUGUACGAAUUCGAGUCCACCAAGUUUGGAAGAAUGAUGCUGCAUACUGUACUGUUUUACUGAACAAUUGUCAAGCCGCCGAUAGGAAUAAUAUUAAUAAUCAACAAGAAAAAUAUAUGGAUAUACAUAUAUAUUUAUAUAAAAGGCCACAGUAAGAAAACUGGAAACGGACACUUGAUAGGUACAUUGAUAAUUUUCAGAAGCGUAACGUUUGAAUGCAGCAAAAAUUCUUUUUCUCAAAUUGCUCAUAAUUUCAUACAAAAUUUAAUAUGAAGAAUUUCAAUUGCAUUCCAACGAUGCAGUACUAUAAAGAAGUUUUAGAAUUUAGAAUUUUUUGUCGUUAUAAACUGUAUGAAACAAUUGAAUUUCAGCUGCAUGUGGACGAAAUCCAAAUUGAAAAUAUUGCAGCAAUUCCAUCAUGUUUAAUCAUACUACACAAUUGCAAACGGAAUCAUAUUGUACAUAUACCUAGAAGAAAAAGAAUCAACAAAUAAUCACAGUUACGCUCAAUAUAUUUAUUGAGAUGUUCCAAUUGAAUUGUUAAUCAUAUAAAACGAACAAUUUACAACAACGUAAAGCAUCCAGUUGGACGUGGAAACGAAUUAUGAAAAAGGAUGAGGAAAAAUAGAAAAAUAAAAAGAAUCAACGGCGUACGUUGUACACGAAUAUACACAAUUUGUACAGGGGAAUACGAAAAAUAUGACUAUAAUUAAGAUUUAAAAA